AUGUCUGCGCCCGAAGUCCGUCAAGUCAAAAGACCACGGAUAUCACUGAGCUGUAGCGUUUGCCGAAGCCGAAAAGUCCGCUGCGGUCGUGAGCAACCAGCAUGUACAAACUGUAUUCGAUUGAAUAAAACAUGCGUUUACAAGGCUGUGGUUCUUGAAAAAUCGGCCAAUCGAGCCGAACAGCUAUAUCCCGGUUUCCGGGAAGAAUAUCUCAUUGGAGAUGAUCUUCCCAGUAGUCUGUCCCAGUCCCAGGGAAAUGCCGUUUCUCAAACAAAGGAAAAUCAUCCAAAUCAGAGCAAUCCAAACCGGGAUGGCGGUAAUAGCAUUAGCAACAACAACAACAACAACAACAGGGGCGCCUCAAGCCAUCCUCAUUCACGCGAGUAUCACAUGCUACCCGAUCUUGCUCAUUCAGCGGUGUACCCCUGGGAGCAAAGCAUGCAGGUUCUCAGCAACCAUGAGAUUGCCGGAUCUGGGGUCAGACCAGGUUCAUUUCCCAACCAGCGAUUAUCCACGCAGAAUCACCAGCCUAGUCUCCUUUCCCGGGACUAUCUAAGUCUACGACGAGGUAGUCGGGCUCGGUUCAUUAGUAAGACCUUCUGGGGGCUGGUUGCUGGACAGGAAAGACUUAGUGACGACUUUUUUGAUGAAAACCGUCAUACUCCUCUCGAGUUACCGCCCCCGCACAUCGCCGCCGUGGGUCUGUUCAAACUAUUGACAUCCUUGCCCGCCAAACCCGUGUGCGACGUAUUGCUCCAAUCCUUCUUCAUUGCGGUGUGGCCCCUAGUUCCUUUUCUGGAAACUUCGAGGAUUCAAGCAGACUACGAUGAUUUCUGGGAAUUUUGUCGGAAUAGUGAUAAUGCAAUACCCCCCUUAAAAUUUCAAGAUGACCCGACAUUCAUAUGCCUUCUUUUCGCCGUCCUGCUUUGUGGUGCUUCUGCCGCCCCUAUUUCCAUGUGGGAGUCAGUGAAACUUAAGACUUUGCGGAAGGAUACGAUAGUGGAUCAGUUAAGGUCAGCUUAUACAACCAGCCUCUCCAUGUGUGCAUACACCGAGCACCCAACAUUGAACUCCUUGGUCUCGACACUUCUGACAGGUCCAUUCAUCGAUGAUCCUUUGAAAUUGAUGCACAACAUAAUCUCUAUUAGCACAACUGUACGGAUAGCACAGACAAUGGGGUUGCAUUCCGAGUUAGCAUACUCUGCCCUGGACCCAGUUGCCCGGGAGAUGCGACGUCGGGUAUGGUGGCACAUUGUCUGGAUGGAUGUACAGUCAAGUAUUUCCGCUGGGCUACCCUUAUGCUGUGGCAGUGCAAUGCUGGGUGCAGUGGGCAUGGUGGCAUUUACGAGGGAUCGAGAUACCGGCAAUAUUUCAUCGUCGCCUGUGGAACCUUUGAGAUCGGGAGAAUCAAUAGCCAUGAUUUAUACCACAGGACGGUACGAGACAGCACGUCUGGAAUUGGAAAUUUUAAAUAGUCUACAAAGUGCGCAGGGGUUGAACCAUGAAGGGUUUAGAGAACUGGUCACCGCCACAAAGCAAUUUCAUCAGAAAAUCGACGCGCUCAUGACUAGGAUCCCGACUCAAGGGAUUCCAGAGGAGGGGUUCAUUUCUUCCCGCCUAGCUAACGCAACCAUGCUCACGCAUCCGGCUCUUUAUAAGGAUGAUACCAGUCAACACACUGUCUUUGGGACCUGGACACGCAUUACGCUGACACUCUUCAAGCUCGAAGUGUCAGUUUUAUUGCAGAAGCCAUUUUUGAAAACCCCUGAAUAUGGAAGCCUACCAGCUCAGAAGUUAUGGACCAGGCACAAGAAAGGAAAGACCCUGUUCCAGAUACAAGGCGUAAAAGUUUAG